AGUGGAGUUCUUGACAUCCAUUAAUCUUAUCGUAUUUGAAUCAAUUUGAAUUUCAUAGUUUGUUUCUUUAUAAUAAUUUAAACUGCUACUGUAUUAGUUCUUUUGGACUUGUAUUAAGUAUGUCGAUGUACUAACGAGUGACUUAUGAUGUUUGGCAUUGUUAGUAAAUGUAAAUAUUUUAUCUGCUGGACUCGAAGAAUACUGAUAAAACCCAAAACUCCCCAACUCAAAACCCCGCAUUAGACGAAGUGGUUUCCGCAUUACGUAAAGACGUUUCUGAAUUACGACAAGAGCUUUCUGAAUUACGAAAAGAUAAUUUUGAAUUACGACAAGAGGUUUCUGCAUUACGAAAAGAUAAUUUUGAAUUACGAAAAGAUAAUCUUGAAUUACGACAAGAGGUUUCCGAAUUACGAAUUACGAAUCAGGUUGUGCAAUCUCCAGACACUCCCAAGACGGAUCAAGUUGGGGAUGAAAAACCCUCCUCACCUCAAUAACUACAUAUUCCCUAAUUCUUACCUGAUAUGGAGAAACUUUUAAAGACGAUUGACUCCCUAAAAAUGCCCUCCCUCACCAACUCUGAUGCCAACAUUCCUGUGACUAUCUCCUCCGCCGUGGUGGCUGCAAGCGAUGCUGUCAAGACAAAGAAAAAAGAACGAAUCAACCAUUGUCGUGCUGUGGCAGAUGCCGUUUGUAAUCCGAGUGUACAAAGCUUGACGGACUAUAGCAAGAUUCUAGAAAGUGUAACAGAAGUAUUAUUUCAACUUUGUAACGACCCUGAUUCUGAUAUUAGACUGGUAGCUUCAGAUUGUUUGAGUCGGAUUGCUCGGACAUUGAAGGACUCGUUUCAACCCAAGUUUCAUAUGGAGGUGUACAGGGAAAUUAGGAAAAAUCAGAGUCCGAGAUCGUUAAGAACUGCUUUGAACAUUUUCGCGUUUAACUGUCCCAUGAUUCGACCACAAAAAUGUCGCGCAUUCUUGUCCAGUCUUCUUCCUUGUUUUGCUAAGAUUUCCAAACGCACAGAAGAAUUACUUUAUGAAAAUAUUGCAACUUCGUUUACAGAAAUAUUCAAAUAUCUGGGACCAUUCGCUCAUGACAGCGAGAUUAAGAUAUUGUGCAAAGAUUUCAUCGCAAAUUUGGAAUCAAAUUCAGCAAUAAUUAGACGUGCAUCGGCCACAAUUUUAGUCGUAGUAUCUCAGUUUUCAAAAAAUCCUGCAGUCGCAUUGACACAGUUGCUUUCUAAGAUAACAGAUCUCUUAAUGCCAAGUUUAAUGGAAAAAAGUGUCUCCGUAAUUAUUGGAGUUCUUUUAUGCGUUAGGCAGUGCAUUCCAAGAAUCUAUGCUGAAAUUAAAAAUGGAAAUCUUCGUCAACCUUCUGCAGAGCAAGAUUCUGCUGUUGCAAAUCUUCUUCAAGUUUAUGAAAUGUGCAUGAUUCUAUGCAAUCAUGAUGACCAUAACGUGAUCACAACAAGUUUAGAGACGUUACAGCAACUAUUUACUUUGCCGGCGGAACCCAUGAUUAUCAAACUCCUCUCCCCCUCUGGGAUUAAAAAUAGUUUGGAUGAGAAAAGUUGGAACGUUCGACAAAUUCAAACUCCACCAAUAUCUAGCUCAGAAAACUUGGCGUUUUGUUCCGACGAGACGUCUAAUUUGCUCGAGUCGGAUCUAGACCUAGAUUUGCCCAAGUUUCGAAGUAUUGUUGCGUCGGAUGCUAGUAGAGAUGGGAAAGAAUUUGACCCUGAACAAUCAAUUUCAUCUUCCAGUCGUCGAGAUUCAGAUCUUUUUGUCAUUGAGGGGACAUUGAGUGAUGUUGGAAGUUCUGAUGGUCUUCAUCCGUCAGAUGAUGAACAUACCGAAAAUGUCCAAUUAGAACCAAACUUGGUGUUGCACACAUUUCCAGAAAUACAAAUUGGCUCCGUGUACGAGCAGAAUAUUCCUAUUUUUUAUUGUUCCAGAUUUCUGGCUUAUAAUUUUCUACUAUCAGGCCAAAAAGGUAUUAUCAGACCUGAUGGAGAAGUUAGAGUUAGUGUAAAAGUCCUUGCAACAAAUUGCAUCGUAAAUCUCGUCGCAAUUUGUCCAAAAAUCUUCAAAAUGACUUUGUCCCACGUUUUGGUGGACGCGUGUUCCGAUGGUGAAAAACAGCAAAAAAUUGAGGAUAUUGGCAUUUACGUUUCACAUAGCGAUCCUUUGCUUCGAGGAACCAUUUACGUUUUGAUUGGAACGUUUAUUCAGUCGACCUUGAUGAGCUGUUUGAACUCUCCUUUACCAGAGGAUGUCGACUUUCAAAGCCUUACUACCAUUCUUCGCGGUGGGUUAAGUGACUCUUCCAAUGUCAUUGUAAAAUGUGCUGUUUCUGGUGUAAGUGUUUGCUUACACACCUUAAUGGCAUCACCAUCCCUGGUCAACUUGGGGGAAAGCUUGCUGCAAAAUAUUCUACAAACCACCGCUUCCAACACUUACUGGCUCGUCAAGGUUGACCUAGUUGAACUCCUGUCCUCAGUGGAUUGGGGAAAUCUGGACAACGUGGACGCCCUUAGGAGGAAGGCUUUACUUUUGUUUCUUGAUUUUCUUUCCGAUGAAGACUCUCGAGUUAGAGCGAGUUCCACGACCGCAAUAAUAAAGUAUCUUAAAAAGUAUGGGACACAAAACAAGAAUAGCUGGGAACCAUAUCAGCUAUUUUGCAAGGAGUGCGUUGCAAACAAAGUCAACAUUCAUCGGUCGAGCACACUGAGCAAAACCAAGAAUGAUUGCUUACAAUGUGAAACUCCAAGCAGUCCAGAUGUAAUGGAGAUGUUGGAAUUUGUGUUGCACGAAUUGGGACAAAGGCUCAAGAAGGCGGAUAGCAAGUUUGCAGUGGCUGGUGUAUAUGCAGCAUUAUCUCAACUCAGCGAUACUUUUGAACCUCGACAUUUCAAAGCCACGUGGGGAUGUAUUCCAGCAUUGUCAAACGUUCAACUACUGCUCAGUAUUUGCAUGGACACGUUACGGACAUCUCCAGCCGUGUAUGACCUGACCGUCCAUCAGUCUAUACUCUGUUUGGCUGGAAACUUGUUUGUCGCAUCAGAAUUUUACAAGGUCGGUCAAGAAAAGGAGAAGACUGCUGCUCCAGAAGGGAUGCACCCGUUUCGUUGUCACAAUAAACAAUUAUCAAUUUACGGGGUGCAGUUGCUGCAGCAUUGCUUGGCUGUGAUGAAACUUUACCAAAAUGUGAUUGAAAGUAUAAACGCAACAUCUCCACUUCGUCGACAGUCUACCUCACCAGUGAUUUCUCCAGUUAAAAAGUUUUCACAAAAGUUGGAAGCUGAGAAAAAGGCUCAAGAGUCUGAAAGUGAAAAGAAAUCCAAAGGGUUGUCAUUCUCGGAAACCGUUUGUCCUAACCAUUUAAAAAAGUUGCAUGAUUCUAUCCUACAAUCGUAUAAAGUUUACAAGUCAAGUCUGGACCCAGUUGUUGCAUCCAAAUUUACAUCUGUAAUAAUAAUGGCUGCUGUAACGAUUCGUAAGCUAUUUUCUUGUAUUCGACCAGACUACCACGCAAUGUCGAAUUUGAUUGAAGAGAUUCUGAACGUUUCAUCCGUGCUGUUCUACCUUUGCCCAGCUCCAAUCAUGCAAAACAUUUGUGAAAUGUUAAAGUGUAUUUUUUCCCUGUAUAAUCCGGACCCGUUUAAAGUCGAAUCGGUGGAUAGAAUAAACACAAAAGGGGACGUUGAGGACUUUUUAAACUUUUCGAAAACUUACGAGAACACUCUAGUUGAAAGUCGAUCCAAAGAUAAACCGCCGGGUAAAUUGAUAUCUGAUAAGUCUUCCCUGGGGUCCUAUAUUCGCCAGUUCGAAUCUGCUGUUGUAACUGCGUUGAGGAUUUAUACAACGAGUAGCGAUCCAGAAGUUCAGUCUGAAGUUUUGAGUCUUCUUGUCCAAUUGAUUAAAGGUCACGUCAACUAUGGACUUGUCGAUUCGAGUCAAGUUUUUUUAGGAUUUGUAACGAAACAAAUUCCUCUUCUCGAAGAAGGGCAUUUGAGAAAUCCAAAGCUACUGGCCCAAGAAAUUUUCCAAUUCUUAACCAUCCUCACUCACGAGUACAACUCUUCUAAAAAGUUUAUUGACGUCUCCAAAAUUAUUAGUCUUUGUAACGGUCUAGUCUUUGGAACAGCAAAUACGGCAAGUCUGGCCUCACCUGCUGCAGAAGCCCUUCGAUUAAUUGUGCAUGAUUUAUUCAUAUUCCGUGGAACGACAAGUCACACAAACCAAGAAAAGAAAGAAUAUGAAUCUCAAAGGGAUGCAGUAUUUCUUAUGGUUAAACAGCUUGAUGGGCAUCCUGAAGCCCUGCCAAUUAUUUGGCUACUAUUGAAGGGAAGAAAGUUAACCAAUGAAUCAAAAUGGUUAGAGGAGUCUGGAAUGUUUGCAUCGGAUAUCAUGGAUCGACUGAAAGAAGGCCGAAUGACAAUAAAUUCAACGUCUCAAUUUAACAAUUUGGUAGCUCUGCUCUACUCUUUUAACGUGUCAUCCAUGCCAAGUGAAGAUGCCAUUUCGCUAAUGCUAAAGGAGGAGCUUUGCAAAACAAACGAAAACAUGUGUCAAUUCUUACGCUGGUGUGUUUCUGUAAAUUCUUGUUGGAUUUUAUUAACUAAACGAAUUGAAGAUCUAUCAAAUGGUCAAAUGUUGAAUGAAGCCAGCAGUUUGUUUCUUAUCUUCAUGGAUAAGAUAUUCUCUGACUUCACCUCCGUUUUUAAAGAUGCUAUCCCUGCCAAUUUCGCUAUUGACCAGAUUGGAUGUUUCUUUAAAAUCUCUGCCCAUUUUUUAAAGUCAGAGUCGUGUGAAAAUACACGCCAUGAUUUAAGGUCACAGGAUUGUGUUGCCAACUUUAUGACAAUUUCGAAAAUUUGCUCCAACCUAAGCAUCAUAGAUACGCGAUUACGAUUAUGGAUGGUGGACUUUUUAGCAGCUAUCCUUUAUCCUAAAAUAAGUGUUUGGGAAGUAUUACUGCGACCAUCGCGUAGCUUUUCUUCACAUGCACAAAGUCAGUGCGUCCUUAAAAUUAUCUGUGCUAUUAAUGACGGAGAUGUUCCCACCUUAGAAGAGUGGAUAAUCGUCAAUCAAUCAAAAAUUAUUCUCAAUUAUAUCGAUCAUCCUGAUGUCAUGUUAUUUAUCCGAAGAUUAAGUACUUAUAGGAUGGAACAAAUCUUGGACCAAAUAACAAUUUUAUUGGACGCUCCAGUUGACAAUAAUCUUGCCCGUAAUAUUCUCAGCUAUUUGGAACGUGUCGCAGACUCAUUUCUCUGCGAAACUGCGAUUUUAUCAGUGAAGCUCUUGAAGCAGACGGACAUUAGAUUCUUGUCACUAGAAAUGAGUCAAUUUUGUUGUCAUGCUCUAAGUCAUAUUCACACGCGGAAGUUAUUAUUCUCAAACAAGGAUCGAGAAUUUUUGCGUGACUAUUACUCAGAUCCUACUCUUAUUAAUAGGCACCCAAGACUAGUCACACUUGCUCGUAAAGUUUUGUGCGAAGAUGGCCCAAAGCCGGAAUUUCAAUCCGAUCAGGAAGGAGGUGAUCUUAUUUUACAAUGGUGCUCCAAGGACAUUAGUGACAGCGAAGGGAUUGCAUUAGUCAAAAUGUUAAGCAGUAUGAAAUAUGCACAAAUUACGGCCAUCCUCAACUCAGCAAAGCUGAAUACGUCCAUACUUUACUAUUGCUUUCGACAUUUACGGCAGUCCUAUCAACUGGGAGUAGUGACGGCGGAGGAUGUCUCAGAUUUAUUAAAAUCGCAAAAACGCCCCGGUUUUAUAGAAAAGUGGCCACUUCCAGUUGCAGCUGUUGAGCUAAUUUUAGAAACGCUGGACGCAUGGGAAAGCUUGGCGUCGAGAUCUGAACAGGAAAAUUAUGGCGAAUCUCUGUUGGAGAAUCAUUCCCUACAAACAAACAUAUGUCACAUGUGGGCAGCGCUUACAGAAAUGUUGUUAUUGAAAACAGCAGCAAUUAAACUUGGGGUCUCAGAGGAUAAAGAAUGCUGCAAUAACUUUAUUCCAACAGGAAUUUUUACCAUGUCCUUUCAAUACAUGUCAACCAAAUGUCAAAAAAGCACUAUCAUUCCAUUUGAAGACCUGCGUGUAUUUCUGAAAUUUGCUGCCGUUGCAGUUUGCGAUUCGAGCUUUUUAAGCUUUUUUGAUGUCCGUGAUAACCCUCCACACAUCUUUGCAUGCGUUUCUGCAGUUGGAAACAUAUUGAGGAAAUUAGUUCAAGAUUUACGAAUUAACUUUAGCUUUAGCAAUGCAGAAACAGAUGCAUAUAGCGGAAUGAAUGAUGAAUGCGUUGUGGUGCUGAAUGAGUUUCACUAUUUGAUGGAAUUUGUUCAAAGCGUGGAUGAAGGGAAAAUAUAUCUAGAACCUGAAAUUUUCGACGGUUUACGCAAUGUAGUGUCAGGACUGGGACGAUGUGAACUAGUUAACGGUUGGAUACUUGUUUCUCAUUUGGGGUGGAGACCUCAAGCCCUAUCAAAGACAAAUAUAUUCCCCCCAAUUCAACAGAUUCCAUUAGAAAUACUUCGCAACGAAGCGGAUAUGUUGCUCAAAUACAUUUCAAAGUUGAACUUAUUGGGAGUCGCUAGUAAAAUCCAGUUUGAAGAAAAUUGGGUCAUUUUCUUGUCUGUCAUCAAUUUAUACGUCGAUGAAACAUUUCAGCUCCAGAUCGUUACCACUGGUCUCAGGGCCCUUUCCAUGAUGCUCCAGCAAUCCAUUAAAAUUAAGUGGUCAUUCCCCUUUGUGUCGGAACAAAUGCGAACUUGUUCUCUAAAAAUCGACUUUACUAUGGAAGAAGUUGAACCUGAGUUAUGCCGAAAGAUAGGGAUUCGCCAUUUGACUUUGAACACUCAACGUCAGUUUGAGAAUGAUCAUGGCAUUGAUGUUAACUCUUGCAUUCGAUUCCUGACUGAUUUAUAUUCGCAAUGGUUACAGAACCCUCAAGGGAAAAUGCCACUACACUUAUUGAGUGAAGUAAUUCAAAGCAUAGUGAUCAUGGCCGAGUACUUUGAAGACGUAUCGCAGUAUUCUUGGAUGUAUGAAACGCUACUUGAAAUUCAUAAAAGUUUGGAUAAGGAGGAUGAGAUCCUCUGGCCGCAUUUGAUGUACGGCUUGUUCUACUCUGCAGCUAAAAUCACCCUGGAGGAUGAUGCAGUUGCAAAUCUUGUAACGACUUUAGAAUCAUCGCAAAUUCAUCCUAGCGCAAAUAUUUCAAAUGUGAGUGUGCAAUGUGCUUUAGUCUACCUACAAAGCCAUCCGGAUUGUUUACCCGUCGUCAAUGCUAUCUUGCCAUAUGUGUUGAAAAGAACACAGCUGGAUGAAAUGACGAGUGACUCUGAAACACAUUGCCUCAAAGUGUGGAAACUUUUAUUGUUUGUUUGGAUUCAUGGACCAUCUGAAGGGCUCUGUGCACCUGACAUUGAACAAGACACGCUUCGCAACAUUCUGACGGUCUUGAGCCCAUUGAACAAGGUUUUUGUUUCAGUUCGGUUGCUCGUUUUAAAGGCUUUACAAUUAAAAAUCGAGAAUGGAGCCAUGAAACCAGACGUUAAGAAAACUAUAACAAAAGUUACUCUAGAAACUUUACGAACUCCUAAUGUUUGCAUCUUCUUCCAAGCAGUGAAAUUGUAUCUCACCAUAUUUUAUGAUGAUUUCAAAGAUUAUAUCGACAAAUCAGAUCUAGACGCUGAAGUUCUCAUGCCAAUGGCUGAAAGGGCUGACGUAUUGUUCCAACACUUACGGUCAAAGACGAAAUGCCACAAUCAAAUCGUAUCAAAAGUCCUCCCACUCGUGAUAUCAGACUUUUUACCCCCUUCGGAAAUAUUAAAUAGAGUAAUUGCGGAAUUUCUUGCCCCGAGUCAAAAUUGUCCAGAGUUGGUGGCUCCAACUGUUGCCCAAGUUUUCGAAAAAGCGAAACGACGUCCAAAAGAAGCUGCUCUAGUUAGAGAAUGGAUUUUAGCAAGUCUUCCAAACUUUUUGUCAAAUGCCAACAUUUCCAGAGCUAUGUGGAGUCUAACUCUGUUUUUUAUUGGCGUCUCUUCCUCUCCCGAUGUAUUUUGUCUCCUACCCUUCGCACAGCUUCGACGUAACCCAAGCCAAGUACAGGAAUUAUUCGUCCAUGCGGCAAUCGACUUUUAUAUGAGUCUGGACGAAAAGAAGAAGGCAAUGUUUAGAAAAUUAGUGAAUGAAGGCCCAUCCCAUUCUGAUGAAAAGAAAGAAAAGAAACCAUACGGAUUCUUAUUCCGCGUUCUAGACAACUUAGAUCUGGAACAGGGUCAAUGGGCGGUUGACAGAGUUAGUGAUAAUAAUAUGUAACGUUCUUAUAAAACAUUCCGGUGGUGCCGUCACGAAGUAAAACUACGUUCUCGUCUUUUAACAUAAAAAUAUAUACUUUUAGUCUGAAAAUAAUACAAAGUAACAAAUAACAAACAAAAGACAAUUUUAGUAUGACAUGAAUUUGAGGACAUUGUUAAAAUCCUAGCUUAAGCGUGUAGUAUAAUAAGAUGUCAAUUUAUUUUUAUUCUGUAGUUAGCUAAAUGAGUACAAAAAUUGAAAUAUUCCUAAUAAAAUCCUAAUAUUCUUUA